AUGCUUCACGUGAACGUUUCAAAACCGCGCUUCAUAAACGUAAACGCGGCUAUGUUUUUGCGUUUUGAAAAAAAAACGCCGCGUUUGAAACGUUCAAUUUGUGCUGUUCAGUACAAGCCUUACGAUUUGACAAAUAGAGAUGCGGAUAUUCCGAGUGCUGAAGAAAUAAGAGAGAUUCUUAAGACUCACAAUGACUUUAGGGCUAAUGUCAAGCCACCAGCACGUGAUAUGUUCGAAUUGAGAUGGAAUAAUGAGGGAGCAGCCAAGGCAGACAGGAUGACUAGACGUUGUAGUACAUACCAUGACUCGGAUCAAGAUAGAAAAAUCCCUAAAUAUGAUACAGCGGGCCAAAAUUUAGCUUGGAAUUCGGAUAAUGUGGCUUGGAAAGAUCCCAUUGAAAGAUGGUACAAUGAAACCAAGGACUUUUCUUAUGGAGGAAACAAUGCAGGAAGAAAUGUUUUACAUUUUACACAAAUAGUGUGGGCUGCCACUAAAGAAAUUGGAUGCGCUAAGACUAAAUGUCCCGGAAAAUACAUUUACACUUGCAAUUAUUACCCGAAGGGUAAUUCGGAUAUUGGUCUGCCCUAUCUCAGAUCAGAUAGACAAGCAUGCGAUGGUUGCUUAAAAGGUGGCGUGUGUUCAACGGGCGAAUAUCGCGGAAAAUUGUUAAAAGAAUGCGAUGAAUUUUGCGUCAACUUCUAUAACAAUUGCGAGUAUUUAGCUGCUAGUCCAGGUUAUUGUAUGGGUAGUAGUAAGGAUAAAUGUACCAGAUCCUGCAAAUGCAAAAACGGAGUUCCAAGGAUCCCGCUAGUAAUAUUGGAUCCUUAA